AACAAGGUAACUUACAACCCAACAUCUUGCCAUUAAUAUCUACCCAUUCCGGCGCUUAAUCACUAUGCUGCCAGAAUGAAAUGCAAUCUGAUUUAUUGUGUCGUCCUUGUGAUAUCCUCGAUGAUGGUCCGUCUGCUGGCCGGAGCUCAAAGGACAACGACGGUCACCUUGACCGAAGCCAGAACCACCACAUCUACAAUUCACCUGAGCACCAACUUGGCAUGCGCUCAAUUGGUCAACGUAACUGGAAGAUGUCGCCAACGUCGAGGAUUUCCUGCCGAGGAGCCUGUCAUCCUGGUGAUGGACUACCACGAGCCCAACUGGUUCAACCCUCAAUCCCAUUGGCAAUUCAUUCCCACUCAAACGUUCAGCGUGGAAGCCACACCUUUGGCGAUCAUCUCCGAUUGGUCGGUGAAUAAUUAUCCAAUCAAUUUCCAACCACCGGCCAGCAAAGUCGAACCUUCAAUCUCGGGCCGCAAUAAAAAUCCUUUCAACCGACAGCAGGGAUAUUUCACCAAGUUCUUGAACGGCUUGUUCAAUUCAAUCGUGUCGACCGUCAACGUCACGGUGACCAACGUCUUCACACACACCUUGUCGACGACGACAACCAACACGACCAGUUUCAUCCUGAUGGGUUGCACUCCCAGUCCACUGCCCCAUUCCGUCUGCCCGGCAUCAACAACCGCACCCGCGAAAAUUUCAAAUAAUGACGAAGAAAGGCAAAUUCUGUUUCAACUCUGGAACCGAUACAGAUGGAGGCCGUUCGUGACUUAUUCGGUGGUGAGACGGACGACAACCAUCACCGCCGCGGUCAUCUCGUCGACGGUGGGACUCUGCGCCAAAUUGGUCAACGUCACGGGUGCCUGUCGACUGCGCCGGGGCAUGUGGGUCGACGACCCCAUCGUCCUGAGCUUCGACGACGACAUGGACUCGAUCGAUGACGCCCUUUCGCCCAGCAAAACUUUAAGUAUCGAACCGACGGCCAUGCCGGAAUUAUCCAUCGAGAGCCGAGAUGAGAAAUCCGGUCGUUCAUUGUCGAAUUUAACGAUCCGGUCGUCUUCGGCGGAUGGGCCGGAAGAGCUGGAAGAAGACGAGGAAUUGAGCCGACGACUUGGCUAUUUGAAUCUCGCGGCAUUUUAUUCGGCCAUCCGGAGGCGGAUUAAAUUCAUCACGCUGACAACGACGGCGGUCGUCGUGACGGUUAUCAGAACGUCGACCUAUUACGUCACGGUCAGUACCAAAACGUUUUUCGUUCAAAUCUGUACUCCGACUCCCUUUCCAUUCAGCGUCUGCCCCCGUUCAUCCGGCCGGAAUUGAAAUUAUUAAUUAAUUUAAUCCCCCGCCGAAAAUAAUGUCAAUUGUUAUUUAUUCAGCAGAAAAUCGCGGUCAAUCAGCACUUAAGUUAUUUCUUUGAAACAUAUUUCAAAUUCGAUUCACUAAAUAAACAUUUACAGUCAGAAAUAAAAAUCGGGUCAGAAAUUUAAACGCAUUUGAAAAAUAUUAAAACCGGUUUAUACACG